UGGAGGCCAGUUGUGUUGUCAAGAGAAGCUUUCUCCAUGCACCACUAACUCACAAUGUUUCUCGUGUGUAAAACGACAUUAAAUGGCUAAAAACACCUAAAACUGGAUCUAAAAAGAACGAAACGGAAGGAAAUGCUUACAAUUACAAGGUGACAUUUUGAAAAAUCAGAAUGGACGCGACAACAACGUCGCUGGCCGAAGAUUUGCAAGAACUGCAAUUGGAUGGCCGACCGAUCACCAAGGCGCUAAAGAGCUCCGAGGAGCUUGAGAAACUCACUGUCGACCCCCAUUUGAAUGACAUUGAAAGAGCGGUAUACCUGCUCAGCUCUGGCCAAGAGGUUCAGCGUAUCAGCGUGAUCACCAACCUGCCCGACCUGCUUCAGGACAACCAUGCUGACUGUAUGCGAAGAGUCGUGCCCAAAGUGCGGGAGGUGCUGCAUGUGGCCCAGACGGAGAUGCAGUUGGCCGCAUCAUCUGCGUUCUUGCAGAUCCUGCAGCGGGAGCUGGUCCCCAUCCACAACUACGCUUCUACAUUCCUCCAGACCAUUCUGGGCAGCGUGGACAGCAAGGAUCCAGAUGUUGCUGCAGCCUGGCUGGAUACUCUGCUGGAUGUCAUCGACCUGCUGCCCAAGGAUGUCAUUAAGUCAGAUGUUUUGACGAUAGCAGUGGCCAAAGGUCAGCUGUCCCAGUCCGUCCAGGCUCGACUCUCCUGCUGCAAGAUACUUGGCAAGAUCGCAACCAAAUUUGAGCCCUUCAUAAUCAAGAAGGAGAUCCUGCCAGUGGUCCAGUCUCUGUGCCAGGAUGUGGACUACGGAGUGCGGGGAUGUAUGUGUCAGCAGCUGGACCCAGUGGCCAGGGGCCUCGGCCUUGAAGCAACCAAAAGUGCAAUACUCCCAGAGCUGGUGGAGUUAACGAAUGACGAGGAAAGUUAUGUUCGUAUCACAGGACUGGAGACGGUCGUCAGUAUACUCAGCCUCUUAGACGAUGAUACCUGUAUCACCACAAUCAUUCCACUGGUGACGAAGUUCUGCCAACAGGCAAUGCUGGCUGAGGACUCAACACUUCCUGUGGUUGCUAGGCAACUAGGUCGUCUCUGCCAUGGGUUGUCAGUAAAUCUGUCAGAAGAUCAGAAGCAUUGGUUUGUCGACUACUUCAGGAAGAUGUGUCGGGUCGGGCUGUCAGAGAAAAACAAGGGCUCCAAGGACUCGGACAAGGAAUCACCCUCAAAGCAAAUGGCCAUCCCGGACCUGUUUGCAGAAGAGGACCAAUUUUUGGAGUGCAGGAAGAACUGUGCCUACAACUUCCCUGCGAUGGUUUUAUUUGUUGGACCACGUUCUUUCAAGUCAGAGCUGUUAUCCACCUUCAGUGGUUUGUGCAAGGAUCCGCACAUCCUCGUGAGGCGGACCACGGCCAGUGGAUUCCAUGAGGUGUCCAAGCAGCUCGGCAGUUCUGUCCAUCUAAUUCAGGGGGACCUCAUGACCCUGCUCAAAGAUGAUUCCAUUGAGGUCCUACAGGCGAUCAUCGCCCGUCUCCCCGAGACUCUAGAAGUGCUGGCUAAAGGUGGAGGCGGAACUAUCACCGGAGCCAAGAUGAACACUCUGUCCGACGUGGUACCGGCUCUCCUGGUGGCGGACAACGUCAUCUUCUCCUCCAACAACUGGCGUGCCCAGGAGGAGCUCAUGUCCACCCUGGCCUGUCUACCUAAAAGCUGCUCUAGUGAUGCAAUCAGUAAUAAAGUCAUUCCAGUCCUCUUCCAGAAACUCUUCACAGCGAGAGCAAUUCCUGUGCGACACGCAGCUGCGCGGACGUUGCUGGUGCUGCUGCGAUACCUGAAAAAACAGGAGCAGAGAGAAGAGCUCAUAGCUCACAUAAUUGAAGAUUUCUGUCAUGGGAGAAGCUGUCAUCAUCGAAGUCUAUUCAUUGACAUUUGCCGCUUUGUGAUGGAACUGUAUUCAAAAGCAUUCUUCAAGGAGCAUUUCUUUGAAAAUGUAUUGGAACUGACGUCUGACCCAGUGGCCAACAUCCGUUUGCGCCUGUGUACUGUGUUACCGUUGCUCAAGCAGCUGAUCAAACUGCCAUACGAUCGCAACCUGCUGCAGCAGCUGGAGGCCAGUGUCAGGAGGAUCCUCAUCAAUGAGAAGGACAGGGAUGUUAUCUCAGCCAUUAAACAGGCAGUCGAGGGGAGUUGGACCCAUAUCCAUGUUCAGAUGGAGGGAGUUCACAAAGAAUUAUGAAAAAACUUUGAAGAUGACAUUGAAGACCAGUUCAAGGAGGAUCAUGAGAAGCAGCUGCUGGAGCAGGAAGAAAGAGAACGCAAGGAGGAAGAGGCCAAAGCAGCCAAGGGAGAAAAGCGCAAUGCUGCCAAGCAAAAAGAUAACGCUUCGAGUAAAAUACCUGGUCCCAAAGGUAAAGGUGGUAAAACAGCAAAAGAUGUCAAAGAAAUCAAACGAACACCAAGUACCUCAUCCUCUUCCAAUACUUCCAUGAGUACAAGUAAAGUGCCAAGCACAGGCUUCCUAUACCCGCCCCAUUUGUAUCCAGAAGAUGUCAAGGGUCGUGUCUCCACUGUGAGGAACUCACAUCUGGUCAAAUCUAAAUCUACUACUUCCAUUCCAUCACUAUCACAAAUCCCUCGUCGAGAUUUGCAGCCGAGUCGCAUUCCACUAAAGCCCAAAAAUGAUGGGCUCCCUGUCGGCAGCACCAUGAAUCGUGUGACCCCAAGCAGCAGCAGUGGCAACGUCAGCAGCAGCGGUGUCGGUGGUGUCAACAAGGAUUCUAAACUGGGCGGGUCGCCCAAGAAGGAGUUAGUGUGUAAAAUCCCGGUGUAUUGCUCAGGGCAAUCAGCUACUGGCGGCGGAAGCAGCAGCACCAAGACGACGAAGCCUGCAGCAACAGCAGUUAGAUCUGGGAACCUCGCAGCUCCAAGCAGUGCAGGCAUCAGGAAGAGUUCCGUGGGGAGUCUGCCAGUGUCUGGUGUGACAGCCAGGAGAGGAUCACUGAAUAGCGCCAGCAGCACCGCUAGUGACUCUAAACUCACUGUGAAACCUCGCACAGGUUCAGGAACCAACGGUCUUGCAGCAGGCAGCAAGAAAACUUCCAAAUGACCAUGUCCGUGGACCUGUGCUUGUACAUAUACCGCCUGGAAAAGUGUGUGAUGUGUGGCACUGAUGCAUCUGUGUGCUGGCUGCUGUGUGUCUGCACGGAGCGUGAUGCAGCACUGUGGCAGUCCCAAUUCCGUCCACUAACCACAGAGCAUCAGCAGAUCAUGUGGCUUUGGGUUGGGCCCCCUAAGCAAACACCACCUUUCCGUGCUGUCUUUUGUCUGUGUAACUGUCCUUGUAUCAAGUGCUGUUGAGAGUGGUGGUGGCGAUGGUUAGGUGAUAUCGGAACAUUCCAACCAGUAAACAUAGGUAGUAUCGUGGACUUGUUCGCCCUCCUGUUUCAAGACAACAAGGGGAGUUGUGAUGUCGAGCCGGGCUUCCGUUUGUAGCUGUAGCUGUAGGUGGGACUUGUGCAUCAUUGUUGGAAUACUCACUGACAUGUACUUCCUGUCAACAGGUGGCACUGUAAGGCCAGCAUACCACUGUCUAAUGUACGUGUACAUACGGCAAUACAAUAAUAACCCUGUACAGCAAUGUCACUGUGUGCAAGGGGAGAUAACUCCAUGUGACUUGGGGGAGAUAACUCCAUGUGACUUGGGGGAGAUAACUCCAUAUGACUUGGGAGAUAACUCCAUGUGACUUCAGGUAGAUAACUCCAUGUGACUUGGGGAGAUAACUCCAAGUGACUUCAGGGAGCUGCUGAUACUGCAUUUGAGGCAUGUGAGAUAUCCCUUCACAGGUCUCAUCAACUGACUGAUUGACUAUCGACCCUGCUGCUAUAACUGGAGGAAUGUGAAAUAUUAUCCUAAUGUAGCCCUGAUCAGCUGACUGAUGGAAUCUGCUGCUGCUGCUGGUAUCGACUGUGAUAGUAGAGGAAUAGUUCUCCUGAUUUGAUCAAUACUAACAUUAUGCACUAUGUUCUGUUAGUAAUGAGUGUUACGACUGUAUCAUGUCUGUAUGUAUAUCAUCCAUAUCAGCAAGUCGGUGUUUAACCUGUUCAUCAUGCACAAUUCUGUGACAAUAUUCCAUCAACUCUCUCAGUCCCCACUAUAUAUUACCAAAUUUCAACAUUCAUUUGUGUUCAAAAGAUUCUUUAUUAUCUUCAGUUUAUACUGAUCAGCAAACUGAAUUGUGAGUGAUUUGUUUUGUAUAUUGUUUGAAGAUCAGAAGGAACGCAGUAUAUAUCCACCGAUGGUUAAUAAAUAUAUAUA